ACAAAAUAUUACAUUAUUGCAAGGCUUGCUAAAUUGGAAAGUUCUUUGUCAAUUAAAACUUCAGUCGGUUAAAUGCAGCCCCUUUCUGCAGUACAAUAGCUUUCCAUUCUCCAAAGCGGUUUUAUUCAGACCUUAAAUUGACAGUCCAAAAGGCAAAAUGGCUGCCACAUCCCCCCAAAAAUUAAAAAAAAAACAAAACCAGAGCCCACCCGCUGAGGGUCACGUGUCAUGUGAUUCGUACUUUCUUUCUAAGAAAACAGAAAAGCUACCUGCAGUCAACGUGGUUCUCAAAAACCUUUGAACAGUUGCUGAUGCCAAUCUGUAAAGUGAGGGUCAGAAGCGUCAAGCUCUUCAAAUGCGAUUGCCGGAGAAGCAUACGUCAAGCAUAAUUUAAAGCCUUACUGAUCGGAAACCACCCGAGGCUCGCAGAAGACUUGAAACGGCAUCUGUGUUAGGCAAAUGGAAAGGGGAGAAAGGCAUUGCCUCACCAAGAUGUGCGAGCUUCGGUCCUCAGUUUCACCAUGCCAGAAACUGCACCACGAAAAAGGGUUGUCAAGUGUCCCACUUGGAGGUAUGCUGGUUGCGCCUACUAGAGGGAAAUGAGCAGGCGGCAUGGAUCCUAUCUAGGCUUUGUUUGUGGUUUUGGCUGUGCAAACGCGCUGAAAGGGGACGGGCGCGCAGUGGCAUUGAAGCGAGGGAGGAGGGGGAAAAGCAAGAAAUAUGGGACAACGGAGUACCAGAUGCAGUCAGCUUUCCCCCCGUCCCCGCCCCCAUUUUGCCCUGAUGUAUGCCCCUCUUUGGAAUGAGAUGCAGACCUGAAACGUCAGACGGCUUUUCCGGGGUCCAGACAUUUAGUGGAAACACAAUGGAAACGGCUCCGCUUAGAAAACCAGGUGCGAACUGCGUGCUUUGUGCGGCGAAGAGUGCUGGCUUCGUGCGGAGGUGAUUGUUAAGUAAGAGGGAGGCAGCAAGACACCUCGCCAUGGGCUACAAUGCAAGCUGGGCUUCAGCCAACGCGAGCGAGCGCGGUCCCUUUCAGGCUGUCAAAAGCUUGAACGCAUCCGGUGCUCCUCAAAUCGUGGGAAUCAACCGAAGCGCCCACGCGGUCGGGACGUCAGAAUACGAGGCAUAUAGGGAAGAAGAACAAACAUAUCGACAUUUUACUACCGUUAUGCAGGUUGUCAUCUUAAUAGGUUCUCUGCUAGGGCCUCCUGAGUGCAGUACAUUAUGUUUUGUGAGUUUCACAGGAAACGUGGUGGUCUUGUGGUCGACAUGCAGGACAUCAGUUUUUAAGUCAGUAACAAAUCGAUUUAUUAAGAACCUGGCCUGUUCUGGGAUCUGUGCCAGCCUUGUCUGUGUGCCUUUUGACAUUGUUCUCAGUACCAGUCCACAUUGCUGUGGAUGGAUCUACACCAUGAUCUUCUGUAAAGUGAUUAAAUUCUUGCAUAAGGUCUUCUGCUCAGUGACCAUCCUGAGUUUUCCCGUCAUUGCUCUGGAUCGGUACUAUUCAGUCUUAUACCCACUGCAAAGAAAGAUAUCGGAUGCCAAAUCACGAGAUCUGGUGAUCUAUAUUUGGGCUCAUGCGGUGGUGGCCAGCAUUCCAGUCUUUGUUGUGACCCAUGUGUCAGACAUAUAUGCUAUAUCAACUUGUACCGGGCCCUGGAGUUACUCUGUCGGCCAUUUAGCAUAUGUUAUCACUUACAACCUUACUACUGUGGUUUUACCAGUGACUGUGGUAUUUCUCUUCAUGAUCCUCAUCCGCAAGGCAUUGAGUGCUAGCCAGAAGAAAAAAGUCAUUAUAGCUGCCUUAAGAACCCCUCAAAAUACAAUCUCUAUUCCUUAUGCCUCCCAGAGAGAAUCUGAACUUCAUGCCAUGCUGCUGUCUAUGGUUAUGAUUUUCAUUUUCUGCAGUAUUCCCUAUAUGACUAUGGUGGUUUAUCACGCUGUCCUGGAUUCUUCUGAUACCUCUGAAUACUUGCUUCUUACUGCUAUCUGGUUGCCUAAAAUAUCACUGCUGGCCAACCCACUCCUCUUCCUGACCGUUAACAAAUCUGUACGGAAAUGGUUAAUAGGGACGAUACUGCAAUUACACCAAAGGUAUAGUCGGAGGAACAUAGUCAGUUCUGGGGAGGCCAAUCUGGAAUCUCACGUUCGUUCUGGCAGCCAACUCCUAGAAAUGUUUCACAUUGGGCAGGAGCAAAUUUUCAAGCCCACAGAGCAUGAAAACGAAGCUCAAUCUGUGGACCCCAAUGAUUACCAACAGGAGGAGAUGCCCACAACCAGCUUAGAUAUAGGACGAGCCCAAAUUCAGAGGUCUGUUUGUCCCGCAGUUGCAGAUUCUGCUGCACAAAUAGCACCAGCUUUCUCUACAGAAGCCGAAUCGGCCAAAGAAAAGUUUUCUACACAACUGGGCUUUGGACCUUUUGAGUUGCCACCACAAUGGCUACCUGAAAACCGGAAUGGUAAGAAACGACUUCUGCCUCCUUUAGGAAAUACACCAGAGGAGCUGAUCCAGACAAAGCAAUCCAAGGGUAAAUCAGAACGAAAAGUGAGCAGAAACAAUAAAGUCAGCAUCUUCCCCAAAACAGAUUCCUAGUCAAAGAAGGAGUUCCAUAUGAUGAGAGAAGACUGCCUUUUUGCAUAUAUGUGAUCCUAUGGAUCUGUGCUAAAUUGAAAUUAAAGGCUUAUUUUUGUGCCAACUUAUGUAAAAACUAAAACUUAAGUGUUCCUUAUACAUGGGUUUUGUUAAGAACAUGUAUUUCCUUAUUUCACAAUACCCAUUUCCCCCAUUAUAUAAAGGACAAAUGAACUAUUUUCCAAAGAGGUAUGUUUGGUUUAUUCUUGCCCUACAGACUGCUCCCUCUACUGUGAUCUAUAACAGGGCUUUUCAACCAGUGGUACACAUACCACCCAUGGUACAUUAGCACGUGGCAGGUGGUACGCGGCCCUGCCCAGCCAAGGGAACAAGCCAGCGCAGGGCAGGACGUACUGUGAGAGAAUCCCUCGGAGCUGCAGAGUGGCUGGGGUGAAGCAAAGGACCCAGGCUCACUUCUGGCUCACCCGGAUGAGAAAGGAGGAGGGGGA